AGAACAACCUCGCGAGUGGAUACUAGUGUGCAACGGCCCGAUCUGGAAGGCGCACGACCAAAUUUUGCUGUUGCGGAAAACGAGGUCGAAGAGUUCCUUCUCGUUGGGAUUGAUUGCAGACGCGACUUCCGUUAUCGGCCUAUAUUCCACUUCUCAAUACCUCUUCGUCUUCGGCGGCAUCACACUAAGCCAGUGACCUGACAAAAUGGACGAUCAAUUUUCUGAGCUUCAGCUCCCAGAGUCACGGGUUUUGAUCAUCAUCACAGGCGGCACAAUAUGUAUGCGAAAAUCAGCAGAUGGAUUAGUACCUGCGAGAGGAUUUCUGAAAGCUGGACUUGCACCACGGCCUGUUUUCAACGACGGAUCUUACCCCGAACCUCUGGAAAUCGUGACUGACGACCACGGCACACGAAAAGCCGUUCAAAGCUUAAGAACACCAGCCAGCACGUAUGACCGCCGUGUCAGGUAUUGCGUCCUCGAAUUCGAAAAGCUGCUUGAUAGCAGUUCCAUCGACUCAGCUGGUUGGGAUCAAAUUGCGAAGACAGUGCAAAGGAACUAUCAGCUUUUCGAUGGUUUCGUCAUUCUACAUGGCACGGAUUCUCUGGCGUACUCUGCCUCCGCGUUGAGCUUCAUGUUUCACAACUUGGGGAAACCGGUCAUUCUGACUGGAUCUCAAGCACCAAUGAUGGAAUUGCAGACCGAUGCACAAGAUAACCUAUUGAACUCGCUAAUCAUUGCUGGUCACUUCAUGAUCCCAGAAGUUUGUUUGUUCUUCAACUUCAAACUCUUUCGUGGGAAUCGUUCUACCAAGGUCUCAGCCGAAGACUUCGAUGCGUUUGGGAGCCCCAAUCUCCCACCACUGGCGACGAUAUCAUCUACGAGGACUAAUGUUUUGUGGCAUAGAGUCCACCGAUCAACUGAUUUGAGCCCUUUCAGUGUCCAAACUGGGCUGGAUACAGCACAUGUCGUUUGUCUCCGUAUCUUCCCAGGCAUCACACCUGUAUUAGUGGACGCGGUUCUACGUCUGGAGGGCCUCAAAGGUCUCGUCUUGGAAACAUUCGGAGCUGGAAAUACCCCAGGAGGACCCGACAGCGCGAUGACUCGAAUUCUAGCGGAUGCGGUGAAGAGGGGGAUUGUGAUCGUCAACGUGACGCAAUGCUUGAGCGGCAGCGUGAGUGCAUUGUAUGCUCCUGGGACCUUUCUGGGCCGAGCCGGAGUUGUGUUCGGACAGGAUCUGACUACGGAAGCGGCGCUCACCAAGCUUGCUUACUUGCUUGCUCUCCCAGACGCCACUCCCGAAAUGGUCGCAAAACAAAUGAUGAUAUCGGUGCGUGGCGAGCUGACCGAAACAACACGAACCCACUUUGAGCACCCCGAGAAAAGCGGUGUCUUGACUCCAGAGCUCUCGAGCCUAACGGCACUCGGGUAUGCUAUCCAAAAAGGCGACCUGCAGGAGACAAGAGAUAUCAUUCGAGGAGAGCGUCGAUGGCUCCUGAAUGAUGCAGAUUAUAACAUGAACAAUCCGGUACACCUUGCGGCGACCAGCCCGAAUGCUGAGAUUCUGCGCGACUUUCUUUCCCAGGGCGCCUCUGUCCACCUUCGGAAUCGAUCGGGAAACACUCCGCUUUUCUUGGCUGCAGCCGCUGGGUUGAAAGAACACGUGCAUAUCCUGAUUGAUGCCGGUGCACAUCUUCACACUGAGGAGAUGAGCGCGGCAAAGAGACAUGCGUCAGAGGGCGACGGCAACGCUGAAGUAUGGCGUCUUGUCAUUGGGUGAAUUGUACACACAUGAUUAGUUCUGCUGGGACGACGGGUAAUUGUGGUCCUACUGGCUGCAGCUAGGAACCCGGUUGGUACGUUCUGAUUGACGAGUGGUAUCUCCAGAUGUCGCCAUGUCUGGCAGGUUGGGGUCAGGGUUCAGUGACGCACUGUGAUCAGCCCGACGUGCAUACAGAUUGUCUAACGUGCUGGUGAUUGCUUUUGAUGGUUACGCGGCAGUAAUUCUGUGGCUUGAUGGCGUUUGUUACUGCUGCCCGGCUCGACGUGCCGGGUCAAACCUUGUUGAUUAUUGAUAUGGCGGGAUGAGAUGUUCCAUAGUCGGCUCAGUUCCGAAGUCGUUGUACGUGUAGAUGCAACGUGAUCACUCCAAAGGGAUCAAAGUCUAAAGUGCGGAUAAGGAAAAGGAGGG